UAAAUUUUUUCCGAUUAAUUAUGGAAAUUGAACCUAGGCCUUACCCAGUGCCCAAAACCCCUAGCUUCCUCGCCGCACUGCAAUAGCCACAACCAAGCUAGCUCGGCCGCUCGCCACCGUGGCCUCACCGUCAGUGUUCAAAUUAGCUUGCUUAUUCUCCCUUUUGCCCCAUGCUUCCUUGGCUCUUCAUAGAGGAAAAUGUCACCGUUUGAGACUUUUGGCUUUUGUGCUCUAAAAUAGAAGGAACACUUGAAGACAUCUCAGUGGGAGAAAGCUGGUUUCUUUAAAUAAUCCAUUUCUGGAACUAUACAAGUAGAAGACAUGGAAAACCAACGAAAACAAAACCAACAAUCAACAAGCUCCGCUCCUCCCAUCCAGAACAAUGAGGAAGAUCAAGCAGCCAGCACUGCAAUGGGCUUGAAAGAGUCAUUGCAAAAUCAAUAUCUAAAAGUCAAAGAGCAUGCAGAAACAUACCCUUAUGUUUGGGCUUCCUAUAUUGUUGUAUAUGGUGGCCUUGGUUUCUGGACUGCCUAUAGAUGGAGAAAGCUUCGCAAAACCGAGGACAGAGUAAGAACACUUCAUGAAAGACUUCGGAAGCUUGUUGAAGCUGAAGAAUCUUCCAGCUCUACCAAAGUGAAUGAAAAGGUUUCUGCUGAUAAAUCUUCCAAAUAGUAACAGUAAGAAGAAUCCUUAUCAUGGUCAAGUUGUCUAGUUUACUUCUAUCAAUAUCACUGAAGCUCACCGUUGUAGUUGCCUGGGGUAUGAAAUAAGAUUUUGUUUUACUCCCCUGAUCAACACAUUCAUUAGAGGAAAAUACUCAAUUAUAUUGAUCUUUAACAAAUUGUUAAAAACUAUAUCUGAUAUCUUUCUUCCUAAAGUUGAGACAAUAUCAUUGCAGUGUACACAGUUCACAGACCUUCGGUUUCUAUAUUGAUUACAGAAGGGCCAAUGCAUUUUUGUUAUUCUUACAUAGUAUUUACAAUGAUGGUAACUUGUAUAUUGCAAAUA